AAACGACUUUUUAAGGAUAAUGUGAAAGUCCAAGGCGUCGGUCGGAAACGCGUUUCUUGGAAAAAGCAGCCAUCUGGAAAAUAUCGGAUGGUUCGCCAUAAUUUUUCUCAAUACACAUUCACUCAUGGAGGCCGAUUUAUUUAUUUUUUUCUAGGACGGGAGUUUAAUAAGAUUCCUAGUGUUAUUUUACUUUUCGAAUUUUUUCGAUUUCGUUGGAUUUCAGAGUAGUGGCUGACAUGGAUCAGUUCAGGACGGUGUUGGCUGUGGUGGUGGUUGCAGGAUUGAUCCGACAUCAGGCUAGCGUCGUGGGUAAUUCACAUACAACAGAGACAGGCCUGUCUGAGACAGUUCCCACCACUGCAGAAGCCACACUAGAAGGUAACCCAUCCCUUCACAAUUCGCAUUUAAAACCAAUUAUUCCAGAAACCACAAUCCAGGAGUGGUGCCCUUUAUCCAACCUCACCGUCACCCCAGACUUCAACACCACCUACAACUACAUCAACCUGAAACUAUCAUGGAACGAAAUCAACAACAACAACACAGUGUCCAUUAGCAUCAUCCAGCAACCCCACUCUAAGUCUGACUGUUUGGCAGAAAUGAGCACCAUUGACCACUCUUUACUCAACAACAGCAUCUUGCAGUCGGAUAUGGUCACCUCACUAGGACAAGCAGUCAAUCCCGGUUGUUCCUACACGAUCUACAUAUUUUCACAACACGGAAAAGGGGAGCAAAUUAACUGUCAGUUUAAUUACACUUUGCCCGACUGCGUGGAAAGCAAGUGUGAUUGUGAUAAGUAUAAGCCGAAUCCGAAAAUUCUGGACCUGGAGCCCAUUUCCGGAAACAAGUUUAAGAUUAAAUGGGAUUCUGGAAACACUACGACUAGUGGCGAUUUUUACGAGAUUAGGGAAGUUCGCUUUGACUAUGUUGAGUCCAUUAAGGAAGAUUUCAAAAGUUCUAGAGAACGAGCAAAAAUUAUAGAAAACGAUUUGGAAAAACACGUUUCUGAAAUUCAGAUGAAGUUGUUUGAAGGAGAAAAUUACACUCUGAUCGGGACUUUCAGAAAUAAUUUUUCGUGCUGGGCGGAGUAUAAGCGGCCUUUUACAGCACCCAUGAAAAGCUACUCCAUUAUUAGCGUUAUAAUUUUCGUUUUAAUCGGAGUCGUGAUAUUAGUGGUGAUUUUGAAGUUCAAGGAUAUAAUGAAAUAUAAAACCAAAGUACUGAAUUUCAUAAUUCCAGGCAGAAGAAGAAGCCAAGAUCUGAUUGCAUUACGGUCUGAACAACUUCCGAUGACGACUAACUUCCAGUAUACACCUGCUGAAAUUUCGGAAAGAGUGUUUGACGAAUACGAAUUCCCCAGAAACCGGAUUAUCGUCAAAGAAGUGAUAGGUAGCGGAGCUUUCGGACAAGUAUACUCUGCCAAAGCGAUAGGAAUCGGAGGCAUAGAAGGAUACAAAAUGGUCGCAGUGAAAACUUUGGGUCAAGGCGAAAACACAACUCAAGAAGCUAUCAACGAUUUUAUAGCCGAAAUCGAGAUUUUUAAAAAAAUUGGUCAACACCCGAACGUAGUGGCUCUCCUGGGUUGUUGUACCGUGGACACCCCGUAUAUGAUGAUCAUGGAGUUUGUCCCUUGUGGCGACUUAAAAAAUUAUUUGUUAGAACUACGGGCACAGUGGCUCAAGAGAAAAAAUAUUUCCAUGAGUAGACCAAUUUUCUUUUCGGACAAUAGUGGGUCGCACUUAGAGCCGUCGUCACCCACCUCUUCAAAUUCCACAAAAACCAGCCGACUACCUUCAGUUUCUGAAAGUGUAUGUCCUAGUCCCGACGUCCCCGAUACCCCCCUUCUCGCCCACUACGCCAACGUCCUCGACAAAGUCCUCGACCACGCCGAGCUCCAAAAGUUCGCCCUCCAAAUCGCCAAGGGCAUGUCCCAUCUGGAAAAAAUCGGCGUCACCCAUCGGGAUCUCGCCGCUCGAAACAUCCUCAUCAACGAACACAAAAUCCUCAAGAUCUCCGACUUCGGUCUGUCUCGUAGCGGCCCCUACAUCAACCACAAAACCAAGAAGCUACCAUUACGCUGGAUGGCCAUCGAGGCCAUCGUGGAGCAAAAGUAUGACAGUAAGAGUGACGUGUGGUCGUUCGGGGUGGUGCUCUGGGAAAUCGGGACUCUGGGGGCCUUUCCUUACGAAAGCGUCCCAGAUUCCUUCCUCCAGCAGUUUUUACAAAUGGGGCGGCGGCUGGAGCGACCCGAGAUUUGUACCAACGAGUUGUAUGAGUUGAUGGGGUUGUGCUGGGCGCGGAAUCCCGAAGAUAGACCGACGUUUCGGGAGUUGGUGGACGCGCUGGAUGUGAAGAAGAGGAAGGUUUACGUGAAUUUUAACCAGUUGAAUCCGACGUAUAUUUUUCCUCCGAGCGAUAUCGAAAAUUUUACCGAAAAUCCGGUUCAAAUUGUGGAUAUUCACAUGCAGUGAAUGAACUCAAGUUUUCGGAACAGAGAUAUUGGGAGCCACUGCUGAUUUUUUCAGCCCACAUACCUAUUUAACAACUGACUAGUGAAAUUAUAUUAUUAGUGGAAAACACACAAUGAAGACGAAAAGUACGCUUAUACGUGUUAUUCGUGAUUUCCUACACCCUCUGCAACGCUUUUGUUCUAAAGGAUGGCAGCACACCUGGUAUUAAAUUCACAUCCUGUCCGAAACUAGUGAGCUGUCAACCUCUCUGCAAGCGAGGAACAACGAACCUUAUCGCCCAGAGGUGUUGCAAGUGUAACAACUUAAAAAAAAGCCGCCAUCUGCCCGUCUAAACUAAAACCGACCCACACUUUUCGUAAAAUAUUUAUUUAUUUAUUCGUAAUUGGUAUUUUUUUAAUCAGUAUUUUUAUCGCAACACCUGCGCGAGAUAAGCUACCAAAAACAGUCCGUAUCUUAACCUUUAUCCCUUCAGAUAUUAAAUCUAUCGAUUGUUUCGAGCACAGAUUGUUGAACUUUAUCAGAUUUUUCACAUUCUGUUCAACUGUAGACGAAGCACACAGAAUAAUAAAAUAAAAAUGAAAGCAGUUACUUUGUUCGUGGUUUUGGUGCUUGUGGCUUCUUCGUCCCAGUAUGACACCCAAGUUUUCCGAGAUAUUUUCGACCAACUUCCUCCACUGAACAUCGAUACAUCGAGCAUUUUGAAAAUCAUGGCUGAUCAUUCCUGCGCUGACCAAAACUGUCUGACCACGGGAAAUACGGUCUGCCCUUACGCAGUUUUUUGUGAGAUGUAUUGCCAAGAAGAUCAGCAGACAGUGGGAGCUUGUUUGAGGGGAAGCUGUAAUUGUAUUCCACUACAGUUGUAAUUUAUAUUGAAAUAUAAUUGUGCGAAAUGUGUUCAUAAUUAAUAGAUAAAAUAAAAUCAAAUAA